CUGUUUGUUGUUAUGAAUGGACUAAGUACAACAACAUGGAGCCGGAUGCUGUUGAUUUCUUUGGGGAAUGUAUGAAUAGUCCCCGAAAUGGUCGUACUCCGCUUGCAAAUGAGAUAUAUGAGCAAAUGGUUGCAGAGAAGGAAAGAGAGCUAGAAGAAGGAGAAGCACAAAAGUCACCCUCUAAGAUUGUUGCUGAUAGUCUCAGCCAGAUCAGCCGCUCAUCCACCUUCCUUCCAAACAUUGGUGUCCCUACAAUGUCCAAGACUGGUCGGUCCACAUCGCUAGCUGCACAAGCACGCAUGCAAGCUCAGUUUGAGGAAAAACUCCAAGCUGAAAGAGACGAAGCUACUAGGAAGCAGGAAGAGUUGCAAACACAACUACAAGCUCAACAGGCCGCACUUGAAGAAAACCAAAGUUUGUUGCGCCAGACCCAAGAGGAAGUGAAGGGGAUGCAUACCAAGUUUGAAGAGACCAAUGCACUGCUACGAGCUAUCCUGAAACUUCAGAAAGAUUGAGGUAGGGAUGCAUACCAAGUCUAAGGAUGAUGCCUUUGCUUAAGGUUUUUCUACCUUGCUAGAACAUAUCUGUGGUUAGAACUUUGUCAGAACUACGUGCAAUCUGUUUGAAUGCUUCGAACCUUUGUGGUGGAACCUUUGUAUGUUUGAACCUCUGUUGUGGAAGAACUAGUGUGCUGGAAUUGUGUAUGACUUGUGAUGAGAA